GUGACAUGGCUGGACCGUGGGCUGAGCAUACGGCCUUAACAUCUUUAUCGUUAUUUACCUUAUUUUUAGUCUCUUACUGAAAACCGUCGGUCCGAAGCUCUCCUCCCUUCAAAAGCUGAGUUAGAAUAAACUGAUAUCACGAACUGGCAAGCCGCACAUGUGGGCAUCUCGGAUCCACUCAAUACUUCUGCUAUACGAGACACCCAUUCCGUUCCUGGUUGGACUCUAUCCGAAGAUAGAAACUUCUGAUGAGCUGAAAACUGAUUUGGAAUCUCUUCCCAUCAUCUUUCAGAGUUGUUCCUGACACCCACUAUAUGCUUUCAGUCUCCACUACUUGUUUUCAGUAACUUUUUUUUACCCCUAGCCACUGGGUGUUUGGCAAAUGAGAAAUUGAGCAGAUUUUAGAGGUGGGUUUUUGAUUUCCGGGGGAAACUUGUGAUAUUCCUUUCCGGAUGUCUCUGAAAAUGAUGUCAAUAACAUGCCGGAAUAUUGAUUUUGUUCGGACCGGGCUUGAUUCGGUUUCUUGCGGUUGCUCUUCCAGUACUUCAUUCGACCGGUUCUUGGUGAUAAAACCUGUGAAAAAGGUUCCAAGGACUGCUAAUAGAGGCUAUGGAGCUCGCAAGUUGGUCUGUUAUCGGCGGAAUAUUUCUCGGUGUGGGGUGUUCUCGACGAAGACCCCGGAGACUCUUCUUAGUGGGAUUGCUGAAGGUCAGCAGCCGGUGUCACCGGCGCUGGAAGUGAAGUCAGAGAGCUGCAGCCCCAUUUCAUUAACAAAUAUGUUUGAAGUAGUUGCUGAUGACCUCCAAACUCUGAACGAUAACCUGCAGUCAGUUGUUGGUGCAGAAAACCCAGUUUUAGUGUCUGCAGCUGAGCAGAUAUUCGGUGCUGGUGGGAAAAGGAUGAGGCCUGCUUUGGUCUUCCUAGUGUCUCGAGCCACGGCAGAAAUAGUUGGUAUGAAGGAACUUACUGCAGAACAUCGACGUUUGGCAGAGAUUAUUGAGAUGAUUCAUACCGCAAGCUUGAUGCAUGACGAUGUGUUAGAUGAGAGUGAUAUACGAAGAGGGAAGGAAACUGUGCACCAACUCUACGGUACAAGAGUGGCAGUGCUGGCUGGUGAUUUCAUGUUUGCACAGUCAUCAUGGUAUCUUGCAAAUCUUGAAAAUCUUGAAGUCAUAAAGCUGAUCAGCCAGGUUAUUAAAGAUUUUGCAAGUGGUGAAAUAAAGCAAGCAUCUAGUUUGUUUGAUUGUGAGGCUAACCUUGAGCAGUAUUUGAUCAAGAGCUACUAUAAAACAGCCUCCUUAAUUGCUGCAAGUACCAAGGGAGCUGCUAUAUUUAGCAGGGUCGAAGGCAGUGUUGCUGAACAAAUGUUCGAGUAUGGUAAAAAUCUUGGUCUCUCAUUCCAAAUCGUUGAUGACAUAUUGGAUUUCACUCAGUCAGCAAAGCAGCUAGGGAAGCCAGCAGGCAGUGACCUAGCUAAAGGCAACCUGACCGCUCCAGUGAUUUUUGCUUUAGAGAAGGAGCCAAAACUGAGGGAGAUCAUUGAGUCCGAAUUCUGUGAGGCAGGAUCUCUUGAUGAAGCCAUUAAAUUGGUAAAGAGUUGUGGUGGGAUUGAGAGGGCUCAAGAUCUGGCAGAGGAGAAGGCUGACCUUGCAAUCCAGAGUCUCCAAUGUCUUCCUCACAGUGCCUUUCGGUUGGCACUUGAGGAAAUGGUGCAGUAUAAUCUCAAACGAAUUGAUUAGAUGCACACUGCUGAAGCAUAUGUGAAUGCUUGACAGGCAAAGGAGAAGGAUGACAAUAAUUCCUGAAGCAUGGGGAAAGAGGCCGGAAGUUGAAGCCUCAACCAUCAUUACAGGCAUUUUUUUUUAUCAUGCCAAUAAGUGCUUCUGCAGAAGAUAAUGCCUGUAAUAUGUUGUAUAUUCAUAGAAGGCAUUAAGCUGUGUUUUGAGCUCCCUGUAGCAGUCUGUCUAUCCACAGCCUUCACACAAAUUGGCCAAAGGAAAAUGAUCCAGUAGUACUCGCGCGCUAAAUUUUUUUUUUUUUUUUUUUUGUUGGUAAUUUACAAUGUCAAAGCAAUAACUUUCAUUUGAAAUUAUUGGUUUAUAAAUAAUGCGUCUCACAUGAA